AUGGCUUUCAGCCAGCUGAAAUUCAAGGAAUUGGGCGAGGAGGAGCCCACCUGGGAGGAGGAGAACCUGGAGAGCGUGAAGGCGCUGGCGGCCAAGCUGAAGCUGCAGACGCGCCGUCCCUCGUACCUGGAGUGGGAGGCCCGGGUGAGGGGGCAGCGCUGGGGCACCCCCGGGGGCACCCGGGGGGCAGAGCAGAGCCCCGGGCACCCCCAGGAGCAGCAGGGCGGCGGCGUUGGUGGCUUUGCCACCGUGGAGGCGGCUCUGGAGUGGCUCAGGACGGAGCUGCGGGAGAUGCAGGCCCUGGACCAGCGGCUGGCGCAGCAGCUGAUGCGGCUGCGGGCGCGGCUGCACCGGCUGAAGGUGGAGCAGGCCUGCCACCAGCACAAGGAGAUGCUGGACGACGCCACCUUCGGCCUCGAGGGCUGCGAGGAAGACUCGGAUCUGCUGUGCACCAUCCCCCCCAAGGCCGCCUUCCUGCUCUCCACGCCGCUCAAGCACAUCGGCGUCACCCGCAUGAACAUCAACUCCCGCCGCUUCUCCCUGUGCUGAGCCCCCCCCCGGAGGCUGCGGGGGAGCCCCCCGGGCACCCGAGGGUGUUUGGGGUCCCUCGGGACUCGGGGCGGGUCGUGCUGCCCCCAGGGCGAUGCCACUGCCGCGGUGGCAGGGGAAUGUCGCCAUCCUCAGGGAGCACCGGAGUGUCACCACCCCCCCGGGGCGUCCUGGGGCCUGGCCCUGAGGGUGGUGGGGCUCAGCCCGGUGGGAAACGUGGGGAGCAGCCCUUGGAGGUGGAAUAAAAGGAGGUGAGGGUGAGAGCCGAUGGUUUUCCCUGAUCUGUGCCUCCA